AUGCCUACGUCGAUACCUUCGAAAGAGGAGUCAUACUGGAAGAUCCUCGUGCUCUCUGUCCGUACCGUAGAUGAAUCAGCAUUCUGGACCUGUGUAGUGGAGAGCAAAUUUCCCCAAGUUCUGCGUUUGCAAUACGCCAGGGUCAGCGCCAUGCCAAAGUCCAACGGUAAAGUCCCUGCGCGGCAGUCGGGAAGCGGAUCUCCGUAUGACGAUCAUGGUAUGAUUUCUGUGUAUGUCUACGGCAUCACGGCAUACCCACUUAAAAGGGAGAUACUUCCACUAUUGAAACAAGCCACUCGGCAGCGAUUGAUGCCAUACGUCGGCAUAGCCGAUUUUCCAUUUCUCGAGGAAAGACGCACAACUCAAAUUGUUUGCUUUCACAAGACUGCCGAAGACAUACCAAAUCGUGCACAUUGCACCGAUGCCGCUCCUGUAGUUCUGUUCGACUCAGAUUUCCUUGGUCUGCGGCAUACCUUUACGCCCGAGGGCUUCGACGAUCGGCUCGCAAUACGGGCGUGA